AUGACCGCUGAAGCGCCGACACCAGCGCGACCCUGCGAUUACUGUGGCCACUCAACGGCGGUUCUCUACUGCAGAGCCGAUUCAGCCAAACUCUGCUUCUCGUGCGACCGCGAGGUUCACUCCACCAACCAGCUCUUCUCGAAGCACACGCGUACGCUGCUCUGUGACGCGUGCGAUGAUUCCCCUGCCACCAUACUCUGCUCCACUGACACCUCUGUUCUCUGUCAGAACUGCGACUGGGAGAAGCACAACCCCUCGCUCUCCAAUUCCCUUCACCAACGGAGGCCCCUCGAAGGCUUCACCGGUUGCCCUUCCGUCUCCGAACUCUUAUCCGUCAUGGGGUUUGGAGAUCUCAGCAAAAAAUCGCUGCUUUCUUCGCCUCAGGGAAGUGCUGCUGAUGGGUUCCUCGGGUGUGAGAUGGAAGGGCUUUCUGAUUUGUUCGUUUGGGAUGCGCCUUCUCUUGUUACUCUUGAUGAUUUGAUUUGUUCUUCCGCUGCUUCUCAUAGCUUUCAGGCCAUGGAGGUUCCUCCCCUGCCUAAGAAUCGGAAGGCUGCUUGUGGGCGACACAGAGAAGAGAUUCUUAGUCAGCUUCGAGAAUUGGCAAAGUCUGAACCAUUGGAUCUUGACCAAUAUGUGCAACCAGGAAACUUGUCCUCGGGAUUUGAACCUGACGUGGAGUUUGAUAUCUUUCCUUCUCGCGAGUGGCAUAGAGAAAGCAGUGAGCCUAUGUAUCAAGUUGUUCCUCCUGACCCAUCAUUGAGAACUUAUACUGAAGAAAUUUCAGUUAAACAAUCUACUUCUGCUGUUGGGGAAACUCAGACCUAUGUUGACAAUGGAGGGAAACCAUCCAUUUCUAUCAAGUCUGAAACCCAACUAACUACUCCCAAAGCUGCUGCAUGUGAGUUAACCAGUCAAGAAAGAGAUUCUGCGUUGUUACGGUAUAAACAGAAGAAGAAAACAAGAAGAUAUGACAAGCACAUAAGGUAUGAAUCACGAAAAGUUCGGGCAGAAAGCAGGGUGAGAGUCAAGGGCCGGUUUGCCAAGAUGGAGUAG